AUGGACACGGCGUUCGAGGAGGUGCUGAAUGAUCGCACCCUGUGUUACAUCGACAAUAUCAUCAUUAUCGCGACGGACAGGCCGUUCGAGGAGGUGCUGCAGCGAGUGGAGAAGAUGCAGAAAGUGAGUGUGCGAAUAAGACACUCGGAGUUGGAUGAGGUUGUGUGCGAUCACGGAGUUGGGAACGAGCAGGUCGUGGUGCAAAUAGACUCACCUUGUUGCUAUUUUUUCUUUCUGAACCCGAUGUUGAUUGUUGACCUCAGAUCUGUGUGUUCACAGAAGACACCUCAGAGAGUGCAAGAAAAUGAAGAGUACGUAUUAGUACGUGUCGAUGAUGAGUUGCCAGUUGAUGAUUUUAUUACAUUGUCUGAGAAACACAAAGACCGAGUCUUGGUAGCAUAUACGGUGAGAGAAGUGGACUGCUCCCAGUCAGAGGGGUUUAGCGGUCGUCCGGGAGAUAGUGGUUCGGGAGAUUGGUUGGUAGAUGCGGUCGCUAUACUGAAUGCAGUUCCAAACACAAUAGAGGUCAUACUGAGAGAACAAGAUGAAGUGGGAAAGGAUCAGUCACCUGAUGUAUUUUACUUGGCCAAUUCCAUGCAGAUCGAGGCGUGGGUGAGAAUGGUUCUGGUAUACAUUCCCAAAGCUGUGGCAGCGGGGGUGGAGGCAAUGGCCGACCAAGCCCCAGUGUCUUUAGACAGCCAGACGCAGCGAGAGCUUGCUGUUCAGUGCAUGAUGGGCUCGGCACUGAUGGCGCAGAAAGCACGGGACACGCAUUUUGGUCAACUGAAGGACAAUGUAACCACACCCGGUGGCAUAACAAUACGUGGCCUCAAGGUCAUGAGGGCCAAUGGCAUGCAAGGAGCUGUUAUGCAACCCUAG